AGCGCCCAGCAGGUCAGACCAUCGUCGUCUGGGACCGACCAGCGAUGGCAAGCCGUGCCGCCUGUGCCUUGGCACUGUUGGUGAUGGCGAGAGUCGAGCCCGUUGGGGCCCUGACAAUUCCCACGCCUUCCGUCCUUGCGGAGCUUGGGAGCUCCUUCCAACUGCAGUGCAAUGUCUCCGGGCGGGAAGUCACCUGGCAGAUGAGAAGCUAUAACAGUGCAAUCUGGCAUGACCUUGACUCCAAGGAGGCCCAGUACCACUGGGAAAAGGUGGAGCCGACCGACUUGGGGAUUUACCGUUGUCAUAACAACCAGACGAGGGAGACAUCCUGCAAUGUCGGACUCCGAGUUUACGGGCCACGCUACAGCAAGUUCUUCAAUAUCAAGGAGUCGAAGAAGAACCUUAUUCUGAUGGUGGAAGGUAUCCUCCUGCUGAGUCUGGUCGUCAUCCCAGGGACCAUUCUGCUUCGAGAGAAAUCGCAAAGGGUUUUGAAGGAAAAAAUCCAGCGGUAUAAGGAAGAGAAUGAGAACCUGUAUGAGGGGCUGAACCAGGCGGAGCUGUCCACCUACGAGGACAUCACGCGGGGUCAGCAGAGUAUGUACCAGGAUGUGGCAAACUACAGGCUGAGCGACAGUGAACUGGAGCAGCCCUGAGGGCUGGGG